AUGCCGAGCUCUGAAGCUACUGCUUGCAAAACAGUGCCACUGCUCCAACUCCGGCGCGGCUUCGGCUCGGGCACCAUGUUUGGCCACUUGGGCCCUUGCGCCCGUCACGUCCCGUUUGCGCAUGCCGUGGUGCUGGACCACCUGUUGGGCAUGCCGCAGCUCUGGCCAGUCUUGGAGGCCUUGCUGAAGAACCGGCUCAGCGAUCAACAGGGCCCACCACUGGAGGACUUCCUCCACCAGCGCGUCUCACGAAGUCGGGCCGCAGGGGAGCUGCUCUGGAGGCACCGGGCGCGGCAGGGGCGGCUGCAAGAAGCCUCGGAGGUAUUGCUCCUCAUCGCGGAGUCCAAGAACGAGUGCUCACUUGAGGAGCGCGUCCGCUACUUGGACCAAGCGCGACAGGCACCGGGUUGCUCCUUUACCGUCAGCUUUCUCUUGGCAAUCUCUCGGAAGAAAGCUUCUGCUUCGCAAGAGGCGUUCCUCACGGCCGGGUGCACCUGCGCCGCCCUGCAGGCCAGCCGAAGCACAUGCCGGGCGUUUGCAGCAGGAGCUGCAGCACCACACAUACAAACGCCGCUGAUCUACUCCGAGGCUUUCUCCAAGCGAUUGGGUGCCGAGGUGUUUCUGAAGUUGGACUUACUCCAGCCCUCGGGGUCAUUCAAGUUGCGGGGCAUUGGCGAGACCGUGCUCGAGGCCAAGCGCAAUGGUGCCUCAUGCAUCGUGUCCUCCAGCGGAGGGAACGCCGGCUUGGCAGCGGCCUUCGCAGCGCGUGCUUGCGGGCUGCCCUGCACGGUCGUGCUUCCCAGCUCCACCCCAGCGCUCAUCCGUGACCGGUUGGCGGGCUACGGCGCUGAGGUUCUGGUGCACGGAAGCGUUUGGGACGAGGCGGACCAGCACGCCCGGAAAGUGGUGGAAGAGCAGCGCGGCGCCUACGUGCAUCCCUUCGACCAGGAGUCCACAUGGCGCGGCCACUCGACCAUCGUCCAGGAACUGCAGUCACAGCUGCCCGCGCCGCCCGACGCCAUCGUGACUUGCGUGGGUGGUGGCGGCCUACUCAUGGGCAUCCUGCAGGGAGUGGAGGCCGCCGGAUGGUCGGACACGCGCGUCGUGGCCUGUGAGACCCAGGGAGCCUCCUGCUUGGCCCAGAGCCUGGCGAAGGAUGAGCUGGUCACGUUGCCUGCCAUCACCUCGGUUGCCAAGUCGCUCGGUGCGCUUCGCCCGAGUGAGGCAGUCUUUGAGCGAUGCCGCCAACUUCCACGCGCACGCUUUGCCUCGAAAGUGUUCAGCGAUGCCCAGGCCCUGGCAGCCUGCGUGAGGCUGGCCGAUGAGCAUCGCCUCGUCGUGGAGCCUGCAUGCGGGGCCGCGCUUGCGGCGGUCACCGAGAGGUGCGAGUCCCUGAAAGGCCUGCAGAAGGUCGUGGUGGAGAUCUGCGGCGGUGCCGUUGUCGACGCUGCGCAACUCGGCGACUGGGCCAAGCAAGUGCAGACUGAACUCUUGGACCAGUCGGUGGCGCGACUGGACACAGCCGCCCGUGUGCAGCUGCCCCUGCAGCGGGAGAUGGACCUCCUGAUCCUCGACAAGCGGGUGUCAGAGCGAUGGCGGGCCAGCGCGCGGCAGAAGAGGCAGUCUCUCGAGGAUGGCAUCUGGAAGCUGCAGGAUCUGUACCAGCUGGCAGUGGACUUCAGCUUCUACCACCUGGUCCUCAUCAUUGCGGACCUGUCCUCCACGAUCCAG